UUUAUAAAAAAUUGAACUAACCUCUGAACUGUUCUUCUUUGGAACAUUCAAAGCAGAUCCGACAUUUGGGCAAACUCCUUGGAAAAGGAAGCUCAACCAUAUUUAAUAUCUUGGACAAAACACAAACACAAAAACACACACAAGUGGUGUAGAUCUAGAAUCAAAUUAGCACUGCCUUUCUUUUGCUUUCUUUUGCAUGCAUGUUAGUUGAAGAAAUAAAUAUUUUAAUCGGUGAAAAGAUCGAUUGAAAAGAUGAGCAAGAAGCACGUGGUGAAAUUGGACGAAGAACAAAUCGCGGAGUUGCGAGAGAUAUUCCGUACCUUCGAUCGGAACAACGACGGGAGCCUCACGCAGUUGGAGCUGAGUUCGCUUCUCCGAUCGUUAGGUCUGAAGCCAAGUGCAGACCAAUUGGAGGUGUUUAUCCAGAGAGCGGACACGAACAACAACGGCCUGGUGGAGUUCUCCGAGUUUGUGGCGCUGGUGGCGCCGGAGCUGCUUCCGGCGAAAUCGCCCUACACGGAGGAGCAGCUGCGGCAGCUGUUCCGAAUGUUCGACCGGGACGGGAACGGCUUCAUCACGGCGGCAGAGCUGGCUCACUCCAUGGCGAAGCUGGGCCACGCUCUCACGGCGGAGGAGCUGACCGGAAUGAUCAGAGAGGCUGACACCGACGGCGAUGGGAUGAUCAACUUUCAGGAGUUCUCUCACGCUAUUACUUCUGCCGCUUUUGAUAAUUCCUGGCCUUGACAGUUUUCUUCUAGGUAUAUUACAUUUUAAUUUUUCUAGAAAAAAAAAAAAAAGUGUGUCUGUGUUAUUCUGUUUUUCCAUGAAAAAUAUAUGAAAUUUUGGGCCUUUUCCUUUUUCACCUUUUAUACCAGUCUUUGCUCUUUGGAUUA